AUGGAAAAAACAAGCUCCUCUGCCCUCACGCAGGGCUGGAGCAAGAACCUCUUGUUUCAGGAGCCAGUGACCUUUGAGGAUGUGACUGUGUACUUCACCCAGAAUGAAUGGGUCAUCCUGGAUCCUGUGCAGAGGGCCUUACCUGUUCUGGUCUCUCAGCUGGAGUGAGGGGAACUGCCAUGGGGCCUCGAUCCCUGGGAACCCGUGGGCAGGGAGGCCCUCAGAGGAGUCUGUCCAGGCGGGGAGACCAGAAAUGACAAGGAAGAAUCAACGCCAAAAGAACACAUUUCCAAAGAAGCAGAGUCCCACGGACUGACAUUAGGAGGGCUGCCAGGGAAUGUUCCCCAGCACCUUGGCUUCAGGAGCCACCUAGAACAGCACAGCCACGGGAUGGUGAAGAGGACAAAGUCAAAGAGGAGAGAUUUCACAGAUGGGUCAACCAGGCAUCAGGAGGCCUGUGCUGUGGAGAGCAGGGAGAAGUGUGAGAAACUGGGAAAAUACAUUAGUGUUAGCACACAACUCACUACAAAUCAGACAAUUUCUAGCGGUCAGCUAUCUUAUAAAUGUGGAAAAUGUGACAGAUGCUUCAUUCGGAUGGCAGACUUCCACAGACAUCAGAGAUGUCACACUGGUGAAAAGUCUUUUGAAUGCAAAGAAUGUGGAAAAUACUUCAGAUAUAAUUCCUUACUUAUCCGGCAUCAGGUAAUCCACACUGGGAAGAAACCAUUUAAAUGCAAAGAAUGUGGGAAAGGUCUCAGUUCAGACAUGGCCUUGAUUCAGCAUCAGAGAAUCCACACUGGAGAAAAGCCUUAUGAGUGUCGGGAGUGCGGCAAGGCCUUCAGCUGCAGCCCCGUCUUCCUCCAGCACCAGGGGUUCCACACUGGAGAGAAGCUCCAUGAGUGCGACGAAUGUUGGAAAACUUCCAGCUGUAGCUCAAGUUUCAUCCUCCAUCAGUGAAUGCACACUGGGGAGAAACCCUGUGAAUGUAAGGAGUGUGGGAAAUGAUUAAGCUCCAACACAGCCCUGACUCAGCAUCAGCGGAUCCACACUGGGGAGAAACCUUUUGAAUGUAAGGAGUGUGGGAAGGCGUUCAAUCAGAAAAUCACCCUGGUUCAGCAUGAGCGUGGCCACACUGGUAAACACCAGAAGUGGAACGGCUGAGUCAUAAGACAAACCUGCCGGAGAGAC